AUGGUGUACUGUGGAAAGCCCUCGAGGGGCUGCCAGAUGUGCCGCACCAGGCGGAUCAAGUGUGACGAAACCAAGCCUACUUGUAACCAAUGUGCGAAAUCACGGAGACAAUGUCCUGGGUAUAAGGACGAGUUUGACCUGGUAUUCCGGAAUGAAACUCAAGCUACCGAAAGAAGAGCACGAAAGGCGAACAAGAAAGCCCUGCAGAAGAUGGGCAAGGACAGCGGAGAAGAAUCCAAUGGCCCAAUCUCGCCCACAGAUGCCUUUAGCGAUGCGAUCAAGUCCCCUUUAGAGCAGGCAAUGAUCCCGGCGAUAGCGAUACCAGCCGAGACUCGUGCUGACUGCCAUUUUGUCGCGAAUUUCAUUUUGAUGCCGCAAACAGGAAGUACCCGCGGAUUCCUAGACUUCCUUCUGCCAAUGCUCAAGGCGGAAGGUCCGCAAAGUCACCUACAGCGUGCCUUCAACGCAUGCUCGAUGGCAUUGCUUAACAACUGCGCAGGGGCUAGAAACAAGUAUGCAGACAAGGCCCUCAACGAGUACACUCACGCUCUUAACGGCACAAACAUGGCACUGAGGGAUCCCGAGGCCCAGAAAACGGACUCAACGCUGGCGGCGGUUCUCUUGCUGGGACUUUUUGAGAACUUGACGGCGAAGCAGUUGGGCAUGUCAGCAUGGGGCUCUCACAUCGAGGGUGCAAUACAACUUGUGAAGCAGAGAGGCAGAAAACAGCUCAGAACGCGGACCGGACUCCUGCUGUUCAUCGCUGUCCGGACACAAAUGAUUAUCCACACUCUGACUUCAGGCAAAGCUCCAAUCAUGGGUGUUGAGUGGUGGAUGAACGAUGCCGUAAAGGACGAAACGGCGGGCAAGUGUCAGAAGAUUAUGAUCAAGACAGGAGAGCUCCGUGCAGAAGUAACUCGCCUGAUGAAUUGCAUGGCACGCACACCGGAGAACAUUGAGAUUAUGUUGAACAUGAUCAGAAGGGCACAGAUGAUGGACCAAGAGGCCGUUCAAUGGAUGAACAACGUGCCAGACUUUUGGCAGUUCAAAACCGUACACUGGGAAACAAGCGUGCCGAAUGGAGACUAUGCAAACGCAGAGGUGUACCCUGGCCGGGUUGAUCUGUAUACCGAUUUUUGGAUCGCCAGUGUCUGGAAUUUGUGCAGAACAUCACGUCUGAUCAACGCCUCACUCAUUGUUCGAUGCACUGCAUGGGUGUGCUCGCCAGUCGAUUAUCGUACAACACCAGAAUACGCCACCGCGGCCAGGACCUGCGUUGAGACGAUCAACGACAUCAUUGCCUCGGUUCCCUACCACCUUGGAUGGCACCUGAAGAGGAAGGAAUCCCUGGAGAGAAAGAACCUGGGACAAUUUGCUUGCGGAGAGGAAGAUGUGCUGAAGGGAUUAGCUGGCUACUUCUUGACCUGGCCUUUGGCAUGCGUGCAUGGCCAAGACUAUACGACUGAUACUCAACGGACGUGGGUACAUGGGCGACUGAGAUAUAUUGGCGACGAACUGGGCGUCAAAUAUGCUCAUAUCCUCAGCAAGAUGCAAAUUCGCAUUCCAUCCAUGAUGAUCCACCGAGACGGUCUAAUGGCAUCUCCUUACGGCUCAGCACAGAACUUUGAGAAGAUCCUCAAUGCUAGAAACGCUCCUCCCUCAGCUGGCUACUCUAUGAACCCUCUCCAACAGCGAGAGGCCAUGCAGAAAAUGGCCUUCGAACAGCGGCGCUCAGAGCUUUUGUCUAAAGCAUCUGGAAAUUCUGGCCCAUCAACACAAUGGGUCGCCAAGAACUGGUUGACAGUACGUAAAUUCAUUGAGUGGUGUGUGAACCCCACAGGCUAA